GUAGCUAUAGAUUUGACACAUAUUAUCGCUAAAGUGAUAUUAAUCGCCAUGUAGUGCUUAUCUUGCUUUCAACUUCAACAAUGACGGUACAGCUAUUUAGAAACGGGGAGUCAAAGUGUCGUUGACCCGUGUGUUUUGCUAGCUAGCGAACUACUGUAGUGCUAGCAAAACACAUGGGUCCAAAACCAAGCAAAAUAACGUUAGCUAGCUAACAGCUAUGCCCAGACGUUUUUCGCAAUGAAAAUGUCUUCAGAUUUGCCCAACAGUUUGACUCCAAAACUCUUCGAUGCGAUGGGCGUAUUGAAUGCUCUUCGACGGGGCAUUGUAAGAGGAGCCGAUCGUAUGGCUGAAUUCACCAGCAAACGUGGCUCAAGGACUCACUACAAAGGCAGAGGGGCACAGCCAACAGGAGUACUAACCUCCAGCAGAAAAUUUGUUCCAGUACAGGCAAUGAUCCCCCAGUUUGUGGUGCCUGACUUGGAGGGAUUCAGACUCAAGCCCUACGUGUCGUACCGCACCCCGGCUGGAACGGAGCCCGCUGUCACCCCUGAGGGUCUGUUCUCCGAGGCUGUGGCCCAGCAGAUCCAGAAAGACUUUGAGGAAGGCUCCUUUGAUAAGGAACAGCUGGAGAAAUAUGGAUUUGAGCCCACGCAGGAGGGAAAGUUAUUCAAACUAUACCCAAAGAACUUUAUACAAUAAAAAGGCCACCCAAUCUGAUCUAUCUGGAACUCUGACUUAGUAUCAAGGAUCGUUAACUAAUUUUGUUUGUGUUGGGAGGUCAAGUAGUUGCUAACCAUUUGAGACAGCUGAUCAUAUGUUACUGGACCGUGGUGUAUGUGAAUGUGCUUGCUGAAAGUACUAGUAUAUGCUAUUCUAAUUAAAACAAAUGUAUUAUA